AUGUCGAUCGAUGUUGCUAUUGCUAUUGCGUGGGAUGUCUUCAAGUCCGUAGUUGCUCCCAUCAAGCGUCAAUUCGGAUACGUGAUCUACUCCAAGAGGCACGCCCAAGAUCUUCAGGAGAAAGUCGUGGAGCUUGCGGAUGAGGUUGAUAGGGUCCACAAUCUCGCUGAAGAGGCCAGAAACAAUCUUCGGAAGGUCUACGGUCGCGUCACGGAGUGGCAUGCAAGUGCUGAGAAGGCCUUGAAGGAGGUGCGAGACCUGUUGCGCGACUUCCAAGAGGCGAGCAAGACUUGCUGCUAUGAAACUCUUCCUGAUCCCAAGUAUCGCUAUCAAUUCAGUAGGAAGGCCAAGGACAAGAUCGAGGUCAUUCAGCAACUCACUCAAGAAUGCAGGGAAUUCAAGGAGUUGAACGACAUCUCCUCCAGCAAUCCUGCUCCAGGGAACGUUGCUGCUCUGACUCCGGCCAAGAUAGAGGGCAUCUCCUCCAGCAAUCCUUCUCCGGGGAACGUUGCUGCUCUGACUCCGGCCAAGAGAGAGGGCAAAGAUGUCGUCCACUCGGCCACUGUGACGGCCUCCGCUUCUUUUACCUCGACGUCGAAUAAGGUUAGGGACGAUGGUGUCUUCGAAUCGAGAGCUUCUAUUAUUCUGGACAUCAUGGGCGCUCUUGCCGAUGAUAGCAAUAGCGUGGUCGGGGUUUACGGGCAGGGCGGGGUCGGCAAGUCCACCCUUUUGGCGGAUGUUAAAGGGAGAAUGAUAGAAAAGAAGUCGUUCGAUUGGGUCGCUAAGGCCGACGUGUCGGAAAAUCCAGACAUCAAGAAGAUUCAAGGAGAGAUUGCGCACGCCUUGGGCCUGGAUAUAAAGAACGAAGAGAUUGUCAGCGUGCGAGCCGAGCUUUUGCACAAGAGGUUGGAAAAUGAGGAGAGGAAAAAAAAGGUCCUCAUAAUACUGGACAACCUGUGGAAGGGGCUGGACUUGAAAUCAGUGGGCAUUCCUUGCGGACAUGACAACAAAGUCAUAGGAUGCAAGUUGUUGCUGACGUCAAGAUUUCAAGAUGUUUUGCGAAGGGAAAUGGGCUGCGACAGGGACUUCCACCUUAAAGAGCUGAGGGAUGAAGAGGCAAAAAGAUUGUUUGAGAGCAUGGUGGGAGACAAAGUUCAUGAUGACCCAUUCAAAUCCUUGGUGGAUGAAGCAAUCCACAAAUGUGCAGGUUUGCCUUUCCUAAUUAUUUCAAUGGCGAUUAUUUUUAAAGACGCCGAAUUUUAUGAAUGGAAGGAUGUUUUGACACAAAUCGAGAAGUCUACAGACAUAGGAAUAAGUGAGAGCAUAAAUAAGACGUUGCAGUUGAGUUAUGAUCGUUUCAAAGGGAAGGAUGGUGAAGAGGUGAAGUCAUUGCUACGACUCUGUGUUGUUUAUGGUGUCUCUAAGCCCUCUCUUGAGAACUUGGUGAGGUACAGCGCGGGUUUGAGGUUAUUUCGAGAGGAUAGCAGCAUGGAAGAAAUUAGAAAUAGGUUAAACACAUUGAUCCAAAAAUUGAAAGCAGCCUCCCUUUUGUUAGAAGACAAUGAAGAUGUUGAUGGUUUCAAGAUACAUGACUUGGUUCGUGGAUUUAUUGCCUCAGUAGCUUCAAGAGAUAACCCUCUUCUCGUGUUGAAAGAAAAUGAUAAUUCGGUUAUAGAAUUGCCAAAGGACAAGCUCAGAAGUUGUACAGCAGUAUGCUUUCCCUACGUUGACAUGAAGGAGCUUCCCGAAGAGUUAGAUUGUGCCGAAAUGCGGAUCUUUUUGCUAUUCAUGAACAAUGAAUCUCUUAAGGUCCCAAAUUCAUAUUUCAACUCUAUGAAAAAACUCAUGGUCUUACAUCUUUCUCAUGUGUGUCUCACUUGUUCACCUUCGCCGUUUCAGUUGUUGGAGAACUUGCACACUCUGUGUCUUGAUGGUUGUUUGUUAGAGGAUGUAGCCAUGAUUGGCAAGCUAAAAGGGCUGCAUAUUCUUAGCUUUGUGAAUUCCAAAAUUCAACGAUUGCCAAAAGAAAUUGGACAAUUGGUAGAGCUGAGGUUGUUAGACUUAAGCCAUUGCCCGCUACUUAAGAUAAUUGAGCCGGGUGUGCUUGGAAACUUGAUGAAAUUGGAGGAGUUGUAUAUGGAGAAUAGCUUUGAUCGAUGGAAUGCCAUGGAGCAAACUCCAACUAAUGCCAUGCUUAUUGAGUUGAAUAACAUGAAGAAUCUAUACACUUUGCAUGUAUCCAUUCUCGAUCCAAGUGCGCUCCCAGAGGAUCUAAAUGUCAAGAAAUUAACCAAGUACAAAAUCCAUAUAGGUGAUGUGGCGUGCUGGCAACGUCACAAAGGAUCGAGCAUAUUGGAUCUUAAGUUGGAUCCAACAAAUGAUAUUCUUCAGAAAAGAUACAUACGAACUUUAUUAGGCAAAACCGACAAUUUAUUUUUAGAUGGAUUAAACGGAAUUGAGCAAAGUAUCUGCGUGUUAUCCCAAGAAGCCUUUCCAAAUAUAAAGCAUCUACAUGUGCAGAGUAGUCCCUCCAUCCACUAUGUCCUGCAGUCACCAUCCCAUGCAGAUUUUAAGAUGCUGGAGUCGUUAAUUCUCAUGAAUCUCAUCAACUUGGAGAAGAUAUGCAACAACCAUAUCUCCUCUAAUUCCUUUAGUGCUUUAAAAUUAGUAGAGGUUAGGAGUUGCAACAAGAUAGAAGUUUUGUUUCCUCUUUCGUUAUUGAGAGAACUUCCACGGCUUGAAGAGAUCCAAGUUAUCAACUGCCACUUAAUGCGGGAGAUUGUAGAAGUUGAUGACUGUGGCAAAGUUGAAUUGUGUAAUUUGCAUGUAUUGAUAUUGUAUAACUUGCCAAAUAUCAAGAAAUUUUUCACCCCCGGGACGGCUGCUUUAAGUAGUGCAUCAAAAGACCAAGUUGGCACUCAAGUUGCUUUCUUCAACGGACAGCAGGUUGCAUUUCCUAGCUUGGAGACAUUAGAAAUUGGAUGCAUGGAUAAUUUUGAGAUAAUAUGGGACAAUCAAGUUGCUGCGGAUUCUUUCCACAAACUAAAAUCGCUUGAGGUGUGGAGCUGCAAUAAGCUAUUGAACAUUGUUCCUUCUUGCAUUCUUGGAUGGCUCAAGAGCUUGGAAAGUUUGGAGGUAGGAUCAUGUGAUUUGCUUGAAGUUGUUUUCAAACUUCAUCCACUGGAUCCUCUAGAUGGACAUCCUAUUGUUGAUUUGCCAUUAAGAAGGCUAGUGUUAAAUAGAUUACCAGAGCUAAAGUGUAUAUGGGAUAAUGAACAACAUAGUCAAGUCAAAUUCCAGUAUCUCCGUUUUGUUACAGUUUUUAGAUGCAAGAGCCUCACCUCUCUAUUUCCAGCCUCAGUAGUAGUACAUCUAACCCAACUUGAGGAAUUGGAGAUUGAUGAAUGUGGCAUUGUGGAACUUAUCAAGAAGGAAGACAGAGGAGUUCCUAGGUUUGUGUUCCCAAAGUUAACCUCCCUCAAGCUUCAAUAUUUAACAGAGUUGAGGUGCAUCUACAUCGGAAAAUAUGUGUCACAUUGGCCAGCAUUGAAGACCCUGGAGAUGUGUGGCUGUGACAAAGUGGAGAUACUUGCAUCACACCCUGAGAAUGAUAUGCCAUUUGAUAAACAACCUCUCUUCUUGGUAGAAAAGGUUGCAUUUCCUAACUUGGAGACAUUAGAAAUCAGAGACAUGGAUAAUAUUGAGAUAAUAUGGGACAAUCAAGUUGCUGCGGAUUCUUUCCACAAACUAAAAUCACUUGAGGUGUGGAGCUGCAGUAAGCUAUUGAACAUUGUUCCUUCUUGCAUUCUUGGACAGCUCAAGAACUUGGAAAGUUUGGAGGUACGAUCAUGUGAUUUGCUUGAAGUUGUUUUCAAACUUCAGCCACUAAAUCCUCUAGAUGGACAUCCUAUUUCUGAUUUGCCAUUAAAAAGGCUAGAGUUAGAUGGAUUACCAAAGCUAAAGUGUGUAUGGGAUAAAGAACUCCACGGUCAAGUCAAAUUCCGGUGUCUCCGUUUUGUUACAGUUUCUAGAUGCAAGAGUCUCACCUCUUUAUUUCUAGCAUCAAUAGUAGUACAUCUAAUCCCACUUGAGGAAUUGGAAGUACGAUCGUGUGAUUUUCUUGAAGUUGUUUUCAAACUUCAACCAUUGAAUCCUCUAGAUGGACAUUCUGUUGCCGAUUUGUUGUUAAAAAGGCUAAAGUUAGAUGGAUUACCAAAGCUAAAGUGUGUAUGGGAUAAGGAACUCCAUAGUCAAGUCAAAUUCCAAUGUCUCCGUUUUGUUACCGUUUCUGGAUGCAAGAGCCUCACUUGUCUAUUUCCAGCCUCGGUAGUAAUACAUCUAACCCAACUUGAGGAGUUGGAGAUUAGUGAAUGUGGCAUUGUGGAACUCAUCAAGAAGGAAGGACCAAUUCCCAAGGUUGUGUUCCCAAGGUUAACCUCCCUCAAGCUUGAGAAUCUUAUAGAAUUGAAGUGCAUCUACACUAGAAUACAUGCUUUAUGUUGGCCAACAUUGAAGAACUUGGAGGUGCAGGGCUGUAACAAAGUGGAGAUACUUGUUUCGCAACCUGAGAAUGAGAUGCCUCUUCAUAAACAACCAUUGUUCUUGAUAGAAAAGGGCGCAUUCCCAAAUCUGCAAGAGUUAAAAUUGGAUUUAUCCGGAGGGAUGGAGAUAUGGCAUGAGUAUUUUCAUGAUGGAGAAUUCUUCAGCAAGCUUAGAGUUCUCGAGCUUCAUCAUUUCUCAAAGGAAUUUGCAAUAUCCACAUGUUGUUUUGUCCAGAGCUUAGCCAACUUGGAAAAACUUGUUGUGCGCGAAUCUUACCAAGAAGAGCUGAGAAUCAAUAUAGAAGCCAUAGCAAGUCCAAGUCAUGAGCCAGAAGUAAUAUUACCCUUUUCAUUUCAACAUUUGAAGACCCUAGAAAUGUCAAAUUGCAACGGAUUAUCUCCAUACAUAAUAUUACCAUUUUCAGGAUUUUUUCAACACCUCAAGACUCUAGAUAUGUCAUUUUGUGAUGGGUUGUCCAAUAUAUUCACUCUGACAAUAGCUAGAAAUUUGGUGGAACUCACAAAAUUGAGGAUAAUUAAUUGUAAAAUGUUGACGGAAGUCAUUUGUGACGAGGAAGGUGAGGAGGGGCUUGUGGUGGCUUUCAAUCAAUUGAAGUAUAUUGAACUUGAUGGGUUGACAAGGUUGAGAUGUUUCAGCUCAAUUAAAUACACUUUGAUGUUCCCUCUCUUGGAAGAUGUCAUAGUGAGUGGAUGUCCCCGCAUAAAGUUCUUCUCUAGGGGACCAAUAGAGGCGCCAAAGUUGGAAAGAGUACAAGUAUCAACAAGAACAACAAAAGCAUGGUUUUGGAAGGAAAACCUCAACAUCACCAUCCAAAAUAUGUUUGAAGAAAUGGUAUGCAUCGAUUACCAAAUUUUGUGCAAUUCACCAACAGAGUAA